AUGGCUAACAGCAGUAACCUCGAAUUGCCUGCCAUUACUGGCACAAGUCGACGACCCGUUUCAAUAACAGGCAAAAGACCAAUAAAGGUCGAGUCUGCCGAGGAGUAUGCGCGCAAUGUCGAAGGCCAUGCAAAUCCACCAUCUGCACAAUCUCUCUAUAGUGGUUCAAAUUAUGCCAAUUUUGCGGCAUAUUUACGUCGACCAUACCAGCCAAUUGCCGUCGUGAAUAGUCAAAGAGCAACCAGAAAUGCCACACCCUUCGCAACAAUUCAUGAUCUCAGUCUACCUGAAGAAGACGAGAGGAGAAUUAGUCGAUUCUGCACUGUCGAAGCUUUCGAGAAAAUGAUAGAGGAAAAGAAGAAGCAGACCAGGCCGAGCCUGUUAGUCUUUCUCCAAGGACACCCAUCUCCAGAAUGGCUCAACACAAUAGGCUACCUCUGCAACGUCGAUCCCGAAUCUCUCCUACGACAUCUCAAUUUUCAGAAUCCCCCCAAGCGAAAGAUAUUUUACAUCACCGGCUUUACCGUGCACCUCGAGUAA